CUAGAAGCUUCUGAAUCCCGUCACAGCUGUGCAGAGCCAGGCGGCAGUGUAUAUAGAGGCGUCCGCGGGCAGACACCAGGCAAUAUCUGAGGGCACUGGCACAGCAGAGCUGACGGUGGAGAAGGUUAAAGUGGCCAUUGAUAAAUUAUAUCUAAAGAAGGCACCAGGUCCAGAUGGUAUAACAGCAGAAUUUUAUAAGAAAUUUAAAGACCACUUGUCUCUAAUCCUCAUGGACGUGUACAAAAAUUGUCUAGAAAAUCACCUGAUGCCUCUGUCCAUGAGGGUGUCCUUGUUAAUUCUGCUACCCAAAGAGGCAAAAUGUCUAAGGGUCCAGCAGUUGGCAUUGAUCUGGGCACUACCUACUCAUGUGUAGGUGUCUUCCAGCAUGGCAAAGUAGAGAUUAUUGCCAAUGACCAGGGUAAUCGUACCACUCCCAGUUAUGUGGCCUUCACUGACACUGAGAGACUCAUUGGGGAUGCAGCGAAGAAUCAAGUGGCCAUGAACCCAACAAACACAGUGUUUGAUGCCAAACGCUUGAUUGGCCGACGCUUCGAUGACCCCAUUGUACACUCCGACAUGAAGCACUGGCCAUUUACAGUCAUAAACGAUGGUGGGAGACCCAAGGUGCAGGUUGAAUACAAAGGGGAGGCCAAGACCUUCUACGCUGAAGAGAUAUCCUCCAUGGUUCUGACCAAAAUGAAAGAGAUCUCGGAAGCCUACCUUGGAAAAACAAUCAAUAAUGCAGUGAUUACAGUCCCAGCCUACUUCAAUGAUUCUCAGAGGCAGGCCACCAAAGAUGCCGGGACCAUCUCAGGACUUAACGUCCUGCGCAUCAUCAAUGAGCCGACUGCUGCUGCUAUUGCUUACGGGUUGGACAAAAAGGUCGGGGGUGAGAGGAAUGUCCUCAUUUUUGACCUUGGUGGUGGUACGUUUGAUGUUUCCAUACUUACCAUUGAAGAUGGAAUAUUUGAAGUUAAAUCUACAGCUGGUGACACUCACUUAGGUGGUGAGGACUUUGAUAACCGCAUGGUCAACCACUUCGUUGGAGAAUUCAAGCGCAAACACAAGAAAGAUAUCACUGAGAACAAGCGAGCCAUACGUCGUCUGCGUACAGCUUGUGAACGUGCCAAGCGUACACUGUCUUCCAGUACCCAGGCCAGUAUUGAGAUUGAUUCUCUUUUUGAAGGCAUUGACUUUUACACUUCUCUAACCCGAGCACGCUUUGAGGAGCUCAAUGCGGACCUCUUCCGUGGCACUCUGGAGCCAGUGGAGAAAGCUCUGCGGGACGCCAAGAUGGACAAGGCCCAGAUUCACGAUAUUGUUCUGGUUGGAGGAUCCACGCGCAUUCCAAAAAUACAGAAACUUCUGCAAGACUUCUUCAAUGGAAGGGAACUGAACAAGAGCAUUAACCCAGACGAGGCUGUGGCCUACGGAGCUGCUGUUCAGGCUGCAAUCUUAUCCGGAGACAAGUCUGAGAAUGUUCAGGAUCUUCUGUUGCUGGAUGUUACUCCCCUGUCUCUUGGUAUUGAGACUGCUGGAGGAGUCAUGACUGUGCUCAUCAAGCGAAACACCACUAUUCCCACCAAGCAGACCCAGACCUUUACCACCUACUCUGACAACCAGCCCGGUGUCCUCAUCCAGGUAUUUGAGGGUGAAAGAGCGAUGACAAAGGACAACAACCUUCUCGGAAAGUUUGAGUUGACUGGAAUUCCACCUGCUCCUCGUGGUGUUCCCCAAAUCGAGGUGACUUUUGACAUUGACGCCAAUGGGAUUAUGAAUGUGUCAGCUGCAGACAAGAGCACCGGCAAGGAAAAUAAAAUCACCAUCACCAACGACAAGGGCCGACUAAGCAAAGAAGAGAUCGAGCGUAUGGUACAAGAGGCAGACAUAUAUAAAUCUGAAGACGAAGCUAAGAGAGAGAAGAUUACUGCCAAAAAUUCACUGGAGUCUUUGGCCUUCAACAUGAAGAGCACAGCUGAAGAUGAGAAGCUAAAAGACAAGAUCAGCCCAGAGGAUAAGCAGAAGAUCCUAGACAAGUGCAAUGAGGUCAUCUCCUGGCUGGACAGAAACCAAAUGGCUGAAAAAGAAGAAUAUGAACAUCAGCAGAAGGAGCUGCAGAACCUCUGCAACCCAAUAAUCACCAAAUUAUACCAAGCAGCUGGUGGGCCUGGAAUGCCUGGUGGAUGCCGGGUGGCUUUCCUGGAGCUGGAGGCAGUGCAGGAGGUGGCUCUUCUGGACCCACCAUUGAAGAAGUCGAUUAAGAACCACAAGCCAACACUAUAAAAAUCAAGUUUCGUGGCACAGUCCCCGCUUUCAUUGUAAUUCUAGAUCCUGCUUUAUCUUGUAGCCCAGGAGACUGUUAUCUUUGUAUGGCCAUGGCCAGUGUAGCCUGCAGCCACACUCCACUGAAUGGGUAUUUAAUGCAGUAUUUCUACUCAACUCUAUUCAAGCUAGUACAUGUUCCUGUGUCCAGGCCUUUUGAUCCCAGAUCCUUGUUUCUGUUUUCUUAUUCAUGUCACUUCUCUGUCUCACUCAACCUUGGAGAUCGUCUCCUACACGUUCUAAUAAGGUUCUAGAUUUAUUCACCAA